AUGGAGCCAUGGCAGACCACGCCACCUUCACAAAGCAUAAGGCACUCUCCACAACCUGGACCGUCAAACAGAUCACCUUCUUCACACUUACCUUCCCAAAACAUAAGGCACUCUCCACAGCCUGAGAUGUCAAACAUAUUGCCUUUUCACGAUUUACCUUAUCAAAACGAUAAGCCAACUAAAUUUGAGUUUACUUCUCCACAGCCAAUUUUACCAAAGACUACAAAGAAACAAAGGCAGACAAGAAAUCGGGGAAAGACAGCUAUUUUAACAGAAUCGCCCUACAAGAACGAGCUCAUGGAGUCAACUCAAAUUAAAGAGGCUAGAAAUUCUAACGCUGAAUCUAAAAAACGAAAAGUAUUUAAGAAUGAUGGGGAUAAAAAGAAAACAAAACAGAAAAGGUAA